UCAACCUGUUCGGCUGUUCUAUCGACUCCUCUCUUAUGAAAUGUCCCGUCCAACUGGAUCUCCUCUCCUUCACCACCCGCCACUUCCGCUCCCUUCUCCGCACUGCCUCUCUCUCUACUGGAAAGAAGCUCCACGCUGUAGUCAUUACCUCCGGCGUCGGAAAAGACCCCAACACGUCCCUUCCCAACGCUUUCCUCCACUUCUAUGCUUCAUGUGGUGCCUCGAGGUCUGCCCACAACUUGUUCGCUCAAAUUCCUCAGACAAACAGAGAGGUUGCUGACUAUACCGCUCUCAUUACCUGCCUUGCACGCGAAGGGAGAACUAAAGAUGCAAUUUUUUUAUUUUUGGAAAUGCGGGAGAGGGUAGCGAGAAUCGAUGAGGUGGCAAUUGUUUGUUUCUUGGGAAUUUGCUCUAAGUUGAGUGAUGUGGUAAUGGGGAGACAAGGGCAUGGCUGUCUGGUGAAGAUGGGGUUCGGUGGUUGUGUUAAGGUUUGUAAUGCUGUCAUGGAUAUGUAUGGGAAAUGUGGGUUAAUGGAUGAAUUGAGAAGGGUCUUUGAGGAUAUGGAGGAGAAGAGUGUGGUGACAUGGACUGUGCUUUUAAAUGGUGCAAUGAGAUGCGAGGGUGUGGAGAGUGGGAGGAUAGUGUUUGAUGCAAUGCCGGAGAAAAAUGUAGUUGCCUGGACUAUUAUCAUUGCAGGUUACGUAGGAAAUGGCUUUGUUAGAGAGGCUUUUGUGUUCUUAUGCGAAAUGGUUUUGCAGCAGGGGUUGGGUUUAAAUUAUGUAUCAAUUUGUUCCAUUUUAUCAGCUUGUGCUCAGUCUGGGGAUUUUGCAGUGGGUAGGUGGAUUCAUGUUUAUGCUCUGAAGGACGUAGGGAACAAGAUGAAUGUCAUGGUGGGAACAGCCUUAGUGGACAUGUAUGCAAAGUGUGGGAAAAUAAACAUGGCACAGAAAGUAUUCGACUUCAUGCUGCAAAGGAAUGUUGUGACAUGGAAUACUAUGCUGAGUGGGUUAGCAAUGCACGGACAAGGUAGUCUUGUGCUGGAUAUGUUCCAGCGGAUGAUUAAAGAAGUUGAACCUGAUGAUUUAACAUUUACGGCAGUCUUAAGUGCUUGCAGCCAUUCAGGUCUAGUAGAUCAAGGUUGGCAUUAUUUUUAUAACCUUCAAUCUUUGUAUCACAUUACACCUAAGAUUGAACAUUAUGCUUGUAUGGUGGAUCUUUUGGGUCGAGCUGAUUGUUUGGACGAAGCAAAGGCUUUAAUAAAGAGGAUGCCAAUGCCUCCUAACGAGGUUGUUAUUGGUUCCCUGCUAGGUUCAUGCAAUGUCCAUGGAAAGCUAGAGCUGGGAGAAUGCAUUUUGCAAGAGUUGGUUGAGAUAGAUCCUUACAAUACAGAAUAUCACAUCCUGGUUUCAAACAUUUAUGCUUUAGCGGGAAAGCAAGAUAAGUCAAAUGCCCUCAGGCAAGUACUUAAGAAUAGGGGAAUGAGAAAGAUUCCCGGGAUAAGUUCAAUACAUGUUAAUGGCCAACUCCAUCAGUUCAGUGCAGGCAAUAAGUCACAUCCACGAACCCAGGAGAUUUACCUCUUGUUGGAUGACAUGAUUCGAAGGUUGAGAUUGGCUGGCUAUGUCCCUAAUACUAGCUCCCAAGUAAUUUCCCCUUCCGAGUUUUGCCAACAGCCAUGAUGCAUGAGAAAUCAUAUCAGAUUGCAGCAUCAAAAUUGAAUUUCAUAGUGCCAAGUGUUGGUGGAGACCACUCUUCCCGAAUUUGAAGUAGUUUCUGCUUUCUGGACCUGGCAGAGUGGUGUUCAUUCAUUGAUUUCAAUGAUUUGGUAUCGCUCCCGUGGCCCGCACCGAAACAAUGCUUUACCCCUAGAUGUCUAGUCAACUGCUGCGCCUCAACACAUUUCGGGGAGAAGCAGCUAGCUCUUAGUUUGAGUGGCAUUUCACCUCUAACGACAACUCAUCCUCUAAUUCUUCAACAUCAGUUGGUUCGGUUCUCCACUGACAGUGGGAAAGAACUCCUGAAGAAGGUGAACGUAGGAGAUUCAAACCUAGCUUCUACUCCUCUUUUAGUAGAGCACACGAGAACAAAAAGCGUAUGAUAUUUAAACCACCGGAGUUCAACAACUGGCGAUGUAAGUUUGCAAGAUAAAUAUCACCCCCUCAUGAAGUAUGUGAUUACGGGUCAUCCAAAUCAGGUCAAGACUUGAAACUGGUGACACCCCUCCUCUGGAAUAUUCAUGUGUCUUGCUGGAUAGAUGAUGCUUCUGCCCCAGGUAGAGAAAGCAGAGUUUUCAACACGACCAUUAUCAAUUUGCCAAGGGGGAAGUCUCCAGAGAGAUUUUGAUAUAUGGCAGCCUGGAUAUAGGUGGUUGAUGCUUUCAGUGCGGGAGUUACACAAGACACAGGAAUCAAAGCAAGCACAGGAGGAAGAACAAAGCUUAUAUUUAUCUCCAUCAGACCUUUAAGCCUGCUUUGUGCUCCCCGUCUAUCCGGAUACAAGGCUCCUUUUACACCAAGUGUGAAAUGAGCCGGCUCAAGAAC